CCCGCUAGCGAGAGGCGCCCGCUCUGCCCGCAGCCCGAGAGAAGCCCGCCAGUGCCGCGCCCAGCUCGCCGGCAAGAUGCCGAAAACGAUCAGUGUGCGAGUUACCACCAUGGAUGCUGAGCUGGAGUUUGCCAUCCAGCCCAACACAACAGGGAAGCAACUCUUUGACCAGGUUGUGAAAACCAUAGGCCUGAGGGAAGUUUGGUUCUUUGGACUUCAGUACCAGGAUACAAAGGGCUUUUCAACAUGGCUUAAACUAAACAAGAAGGUGACAGCACAGGACGUGCGCAAAGAGAGCCCCUUGCUCUUCAGGUUCCGUGCCAAGUUCUACCCUGAGGACGUGGCAGAGGAGCUUAUUCAAGACAUCACGCAGCGCCUCUUCUUCCUCCAAGUGAAGGAGGCCAUCCUGAACGAUGAUAUCUAUUGCCCUCCAGAGACUGCCGUCCUCCUGGCUUCGUAUGCUGUCCAGUCCAAGUAUGGGGACUUCAAUAAAGAGGCGCAUAAUCCAGGCUACCUAACUGGUGACAAACUGUUACCUCAGAGAGUUUUGGAACAACACAAACUCAAUAAAGAUCAGUGGGAAGAGAGGAUCCAGGUAUGGCAUGAAGAACACCGGGGAAUGCUCAGGGAAGACGCUAUCUUGGAGUAUCUGAAAAUCGCGCAGGAUCUGGAGAUGUAUGGUGUGAACUACUUCAGUAUUAAGAAUAAGAAGGGCUCCGAACUCUGGCUGGGAGUAGAUGCACUCGGACUCAACAUUUAUGAGCAGAAUGACAGGUUAACACCAAAAAUUGGAUUCCCUUGGAGUGAGAUCAGAAACAUUUCAUUCAAUGAUAAGAAGUUUGUUAUCAAGCCAAUCGACAAGAAAGCACCAGACUUUGUAUUCUACGCCCCACGGCUAAGGAUUAACAAGCGCAUCCUGGCUCUGUGCAUGGGCAACCACGAGCUGUACAUGCGCAGGCGCAAGCCAGACACCAUUGAAGUGCAGCAGAUGAAGGCCCAAGCCCGGGAGGAGAAGCAUCAAAAGCAGAUGGAGAGAGCCUUGCUGGAGAAUGAGAAGAAGAAGAGGGAACUGGCGGAGAAAGAGAAGGAGAAGAUUGAGCGUGAGAAGGAAGAGCUGAUGGAGAGGCUCCGGCAAAUAGAGGAGCAAACCAAGACAGCUCAGCUCGAACUGGAAGAGCAGACCCGCAGAGCGCUGGAGUUGGAGCAGGAAAGGAAACGAGCUCAGGAAGAAGCAGAGAAGCUGGCAAAAGAGCGGAAGGAAGCAGAGGAGGCCAAGGAAGCCUUGCUGAGGGCAUCCCAUGAUCAGAAGAAGACCCAGGAACAGCUGGCUGCUGAGAUGGCAGAACUCACGGGCAGGAUCUCACAGCUGGAAAUGGCCCGGCAGAAGAAAGAGAGCGAGGCCAUGGAGUGGCAGCAGAAAGCCCAAAUGGUUCAAGAAGACCUGGAAAGGACUAAAGAAGAGCUGAAGACGGCCACGAGCACACCCCACGUCCCUGAGCCCAUGCAGUCCGAGAAUGAGCACGACGACGAGCAGGACGAGAACGCUGCAGAGGCCAGCGCUGAGCUGAAGGCCCACGCCUCUGCCAAGGACCGCAGCGAAGAGCAGCGGACCACUGAGGCAGAGAAGAACGAACGGGUUCAGAAGCACUUGAAGGCUCUCACUUCUGAACUGGCCAACGCCCGAGAUGAAACAAAGAAGACAUCCAACGAUAUGAUCCACGCUGAGAACAUGAGGCUGGGCCGUGACAAGUACAAGACGCUCCGCCAGAUCCGGCAGGGCAACACCAAGCAACGUAUCGAUGAAUUUGAGUCCAUGUAACCAUUCCUGCUCCCGUAGUCCCCGUUCUCUCCCCCCUUCCCCUUUCUUUUGCUACUUGUGUGUAACUGUUAUGCUGGAAUUACUGCAAAAGAACGGUCCUCGUCAGUCUCAGAGCUCUGUGCAGAUGCUGCUAUUCAGCACUGGACCAAACAAUCACUUGUGCCUUCUUUGCCAGUUUCUGACAGUGGUGAGAUUUUUCACUUCCCUUCAGCCGAGCAAAAAUCUCCAUCCCGCGUGGCUUUCCUCCGCCUCACGUCCGCAGUGCUGCUGCUUACGGGCCUCUUGUGCGGCACCAGCAACAAAUAGAGCCCCUCUCCCAGCCCAGUCUUGCUCUGAUUGAUCCAAUAUUGGAAUUGACCUGGUCAAUUGCUUUUCAGAGGGGGGUAGUUUUGACAUUAAAUGGCAGGAGAAAUUGUAAUAGAAUUUAACAGAAACUGGGCUAAACAGAGCGUGUGUGCCUUUUUUCUGAAGACCAAAGUUUUUCAUGAUUUCCCAAGGUUCAGCAGACCAGCCGGACCGAUCUUACGUUUUGGGUGACUUGUGUGUGUUCUGGGUGGAUCCUAGUUAUGCCCUUGGGAACAGCUUGCUGAAAAGUGACAUUUGCCGUGCCCAGCGGCAGAGAUGGCUGGCCUUUCCCCUUGCCGGCAUAGUCAGACCCGAGUAUUUCCAAAGGGGAUUGUCAGCCACCGUUCCCUGGGAAAGGAGAGGCAACAUUAUGCAACUAGACUUUGGCAGGAGAGAUUCCAGCACGCGCCAGCCCUGCUGAAGGUGCCUUACAGAGGAAGUGUGUCAUAAAGAGGUCUUGUUGAUCUGCAUGCCCAGCAAGACACACACACACACACACGCCCUUCCCUUCUCUAGGUUGCCAGCCAUUUGUCUUGGAUUUAAAACUGGUUUUAGUUUUUGCUGCCUUGGAACACCUUUUGCUUUUUAUUUGAACAAGGGGAGAUUCCUGCCUGUGUGCAACUCAGGGCCACCUCUGUUAAUUGGAGAAAGAGUCAGGUUUCUUCAGGGCUGUGUUGGGCAUGACUGUGAGCCUCCUUGGAGGAAAAUAGGAAAGACAGAUGGUCUAGGGAGCCUCUCUGGAACUAAAAUAAAUUUCUUUUCAAGGGAAGGUUCUCUGCUCUCCUAAGUAGCCCUUAUCUUAGCCUCUUUAAACUUUGCACUGCCCAGAAGCUAAAAACUGCAUGCAGUGGUUGGAAGACACAAGCCAACUUCAGUGAUGUGUGGCCAAAACCCAGCAACGAAAGUCCCAAAUCUCUUCUAGCAUUGGCGCUAUAAAGCAAUACAGCGUUCUCUCCAAAGAGGCAAAGUCUCAGCAUCCGGCAUAUUUGCUGAUGAGCCUGUGAUCCUCCCCCCUCUUAGAUGUAUGAGGAAACAAGGGGGUGGGGGGCCACAGUGAGCCAGCCUCCUCUCCUCCUCUUCUGAAAAUAUGCAAACACCCCCCUCCCCGCUUUGAGUCUUUUUGUCCUUUCAAGAAUAAAAGCUUUCAGUGAAACAUGUCAGAACCAAUUUAUACACUCUUUACUGAGGAGUUUCCGGCCUUGAAUAGAUGUGGCUUUCCCUCUCAUUACUAUGUGAACAAAUAGCCCUUUGGCUUUUGGUACCGGAGUUUGUUCUUGCCUGGAGUUCUGCUCCCCUGACUGCAGUUGUCACUGGGACACUCCUAUUUAAACCCACCCUUGCUACCCUGAGGAGAGAAUGCCCAGUGCCUGAAAAAGGAGGCGCCACCUUUGCCUUGCCACGGGCUCAUCUUCUGCCCUGAGCCCCGUUUCUUCCAAAUGGUCCAGAAUAGGAACAAUCCAGUGUGUGCCAGAGAGUCUAAUGCCUCGUUGAGUCAAUUCAGCUCUUCCUUGAUCUUACCAGUAUUAUGUACUCCAAUGGUAUCUAAUGAUAAUGAUUUCAUUCUUUUCUAGCUAUGCACAAUUAGAAAAUGUUAGUUUUGGAAGUGUUUGGGAGGUGAAGGAGACUCUCUCCUUCUUCCUGGAAAAUGUAUACUGUAUUGUAAAGAGAUAAUAUUUUGCAAGGAAAUUAAUGUAAGAAGCAUUCAGUAUUACAGUGAGAUUUCUAGACACAGGUGUUUUUUUUAUUAUUUCUUAGGAUACAUGGAGUGUUUGCCUAUACCCCUGCCCUUUUGUUUACUGCUAUUUGGAUAUAUACUAUCCUCCUAGAGGGGGCUGCCCUAUUAAGCAUUUUGCCUUGCUUUUAUUUUUGUGUUUUGAAUUUUGCUGUAAAUUAUGUCUCCUUUUUGAGCAACCUUUUUAUGUGUUAUGUUAAAACACCAGCCCUCUUUGAGCGGCUGCAAGGGAACCCUUGCGUUUGUGGCUAGCCACAGAUCUCCUUGCCAGUCCGAUGCCUGGCAUUGCAAAGGGUUUUGUUCAAGGUGCCCAGCCUGUUCUUCAUCCAGUGCCAAUAAAGUUUAGACCCACUGAAUGACUGUG